UAUAAUCUACACCACUUUGGAACAGAGAGGUUGAAAUGGUCGCGUGAAGAAGUUGUGUCGAGUUUUUCGGAACCUUCACUUGUUGGAAACGUUCGUGUGAAGUCAAACUGGUGGACUAAUCUGUGGUAAGAAUGAAAUGUUGUGCGAUUUGUACCGUAAUUCGUCGCUGAAAUCUUGCUCGCAGUGAAUUGUUCCGAAUCUCGAGAAUCUGCAGUUGUGCAGGCGUGUGUGUUGUAUCGUAUUUCACGUUUCCACUCACUGAGUGUGAGGGUGUGUGUGUGUGUGUGAAUGUGUAGGGCGACCCUCUCCGGUGCAUUGCUGCACAUUGAUUUUGUCUCAUAAGCAGUGUGAAAGGGCACGGUUGUGUUUGGUGUUUGGAGGGAACUAGUGAAGUGCAUCUUGAAGCUUUCUUUGUCCAUCAAAUCUGGUUCCGGUUGCGCGUAGCGCGAAAAGCAACCCCUGCACCCGGUUCCGGAUGCACCGUGCAUGGUUCCGUGCCCGGGUGCAGCAACUCAGACGGCCAAUGGUGAUCGGAGGCAGUGGCCGCUAGGGAGUGGAAAGCAGAGUAACACAGGAGCAGCAACAACCCAUACACGCACUCAAACCCACCUGUCCACCGGUUGUUUCGGAUCAGCACAACCAUGUCCAGCCGUGUGCGGAAACACAACGAACCGAUGAAGGCAUUCGUGCCCGUCAGCUCCCUGCUGCUGAGAGGCACCGGAUCCAUUCACUGUUCGGGUGGAAGUUCCGGUACGAGCGCUACCGGCCAACAAACCGGCAGUCCCAGCAACAUUAGCGGUGCGGCCAGUUCCGGUUGCGGCAGCACAUCGUACGCCACCGGAGCAGGAAAGUCCCUGUCGGCCACGCUGUCCCCACCCGUCCGGCACAUCUCACCGGAACAUGCCAUCUGUGGCAAUCGGAGCCCGGGUGCACUGACGUGCAAAGGAAAAAUUCUUAACGAUGGUUGCAUACGACGCACGGCAUCGCUCGAUGCACUUUAUCUACGUCCAGCACCGGCCUGGAGUCUGAUAACGCCGACCCUUCUGCAGCUGGACAAAGCAACCCAGACGGAGGAAUCGUUUCUCGAGCGAACGCGCGCUACCACCGGCACGAUGCUGUCCGCGGCACAGGCGUCCGACGUGGCCGGUCCGUCCCCGUCGUCCACCUCGUCGUCGCCGGUAAUUACCCGUACCGAUGCGACGACCCCGACUGAUCUGAAGAUGGAGAAAGUGAUACGACAAAGACUGCAGCGUACGCAUCGCGGUGAACAUUCCGUUAGCUCCCAGACGCUUAGCCCUAAUCAUGCAAAAGCAAGCCCAGUGUCGAUACCAACACGUACCUGUCCGCCCGUACACAUACGGCCGAUGCGUAACUCUGUCGAAGGUUUGAACCAGGAGAUUGAAAAGCUGGUCCUGUAUCCUGGCCAGCAGCAUAGCUGUCGGGCCGAGCUGGAGAUGUACUCGCGCGGCACUCCGGAAGGACAUCGUGCACCAUUGGCCGAUCUGUUCCAUGGUGCUGGGGCCGUUUCGCUGGUCGGCGGUCCCGGUGAUACGCGCUCGGUCAACACGCAAACACCGCUCGGGGAUACGCUGUCUUCGGACGAUGGUAGCCAGAGUACGUCACCGGAUGAGGGUGCCGUCACGACGAGUGCAUCGCCUAGGAUCAACAAAUUCCUAGCCCGCGAACCACCGGAUGGUUGUGAAAAGGUUAAUUUAAAACUCACUGAAGCCGAUACCAGUACAAACACGGCCUGCUUCAAACCGUGCACUACCGCAUUCCAGCUGAAACCAUCGCUAGGAUCCGCAUUCCAGCCGCUGCAACCGUUGCCGACGCUUAAAACAACACCGGAAGAUGACGAUGGCGAUGCUGUCGAUGUAGAAGGUGCCGCGGUCACCGCUUCCGCUACGGAGUAAAAUGUGCUAGCAAAGCUCGCAUUACCAUAACCGUGCUGUUUUCUUUUCAAACCGAUUCGUACAAUUUGUUUUGCCGUUCGUUGUGGCCAUUAUCCUUUUUUUUUUACAAUCUCUCCUUCGAGUGUAACUGCAAGAUUGUAACUUGCGAAAACAACUAAGUGAAAACAUUAGUGCAAACGUCCAAUGUUUCGUCUUUAUUUUAAUCGUUUUGCGUAGAUAUUACUACGGUUUAAAAGGAAAUGUUGAUUGUAAUUUGCAAAUCAGAUAGCGCAUGGUAGCUCUGUUAGAACCGUUAUGAAAACAAAAAGCGCACCGGAAAGAAGCUUGUUCACCUCGGAACAAGAAGUUGACUGAAAAGGAAUGUGAAUGUGAAUAAUAUACAAACAUUUUUGUAUGGCAUUUUUUCGAGACAAGCUACAAAAGUAUUUCCUUUCACUGCACUGCGCCACGAUAGUGCGUCUAUCGCAUGGGGCCGUACAGCCGAGUAGCGAGAGGUGAAAGCAUUUGUACGAGUUCCAGCAAAGGGACAAUUGUUUCAGGCAAAUCAGUUAUGAUAUUAAAGAGAAACACAUCUUAAAAAUAUGCAAAACCGCAGUAAUUCGAAAACGGAAUGAAGGAUAACAGGCGGCGUCUGUCGUCAACCUAGGGAAGUAUCUUCCCACGUCAAUAAGCAAAACGUGCAACUCACGAACUCAAGUAGCAUUUUUUGGAAGGCAUUUUUUUCUAUCAAAAAUACUCUCUACAGUGAACUGGUAUUCGCAGGCACACCAAUAUGCACCAACACACAUUCCUACACCUAUUUAAAUAGUGCGGAACAGGCGUGUGGUGGCGUUGGUUGUGUGUUGCAGAAUAUAACAAUAAAUAACCAAAUCCUAUAUAUACACACACACACACGCGCUCACAUACAAACACAAACAGCAAAACCAAACCACAAAAAAAUCGCAUCUAUAUACAACUAUUGAACAGUGCACACGGUUUAACGAUAUUGCUUGUACAUUUCAUAAUGGCGAUGAGGAUAUGCUGUAAACCUAAUUAUGAGGCUCUCCAUCGUGCAGCGAUGCAGUUUCAUCGCGCAUUUUGUUUUGUUACGUGUGUUAAUCUGCCAUAAAAGAUACGUACGCAAUUUCAGUAAAUUCUGAGUUGGUUUUUAAUAUGUUUUCUUGUUGUUUUAAUCAACAACCAGUAUGUUUACGCUUUCUGUCCGAAGCGGUCAUUAUUGCGGCAUGUUUUAUAAGUUUUAUUUUUUUUUACAUUCUAUUAUGUUUUCAAAUUGAGUUUAAUGAGCAUUUAAUAUAUCUGCAGUUUGUUUAAUGGCCUCACGAAUUACCGAAUCCUGAAGACAACAAUAAAAUAAUAAACUAUAACUACCCACACAAACAGCAAAAAAUACAAAGCCGGUCAAACGAACAAUAGAAACCGAACAACAAUUAUAGAAUCAAAAUAGCGCAGCUGCAUUUACUGUACAAGUGUGUCAGGAUUCCAUUACACGCAUAUACUUAUAUUUUCGCUAAGAAACCUUUUCAACUAAAACGAAGAAAAACAGAAAGGUAAAAAUGGAAUAGAAAACUGCAAAAGGAAAAAAACAUACGCACACACACACAAACACAACAUCCAUUAGAUAGAACGGCGUAAAUAGCACACGGACCAACAGUAACGAAAAGGAUAAUGAAUCAAAUCGCUCCAACGGCAAUGAAGAAUGAAGACCUUGAGAGAGAGAGUUGCAAAUGAACGUGUAAGAAAAAAAUAUACAAACCAUUCCAGGUAGGAUAUUGGUAGAAUAUAAUUGAUGCCUUGGUUGUGUGUGUGUAACUUUUCGUACUAAUUAUUAGAAAAAAAUGCAAAAAUUACUUUUUGGUUUCAAUUUUGAUUCAAGUAACAAACGGAAAUAUCCCUCGUGGUUGCAAAAGACGCAAAUCAAACGACAGUUACGUUGCAGCAAAAAGGAUUCGUAAACAUCUACCAACUCCCAAAUGAACAAUGUACAAAUCAAUCGUCUUAAGGAUUUACAUUAAGCAACCAGUGGGCAAAAAGCAACCAGGAACGAAACCGACGAAAGAGACGUAGAUCAAACCUCACAAGUGCUUAAGGCUUUGAAAAGUUGCAUUCGUUGCGUGAACAUCUGUUUGCUUUAGCAAUCUAUUACGUUCGAUUGAUUCGUUUCAUUAUUAGCGUAAGCAAUUGCAAAUGUCCGUUAAGCUUACUGGCCACCGGAAUGUAGAAGGCUGGGAAAAUGUUGCCCGAUUUUACCGUAGCUUGUUUUAAAUCAUGUUACAAACUUACUAUUUUAAUUUACGUUAUGGUUUUGUUUUAUUUCAAAGCAGUUACUAUUUUAAGGAUUAUUGCCUAAU